GACGAGAACAACAUGAAAGGCGCAAGUGUUCAGUCUAAUAGACUGUGCGCCUACAAACCAACCCCAAAGCACUUUGUAUCCGACUAUACACUGACUGCAGUCUCCAGACGUCUCGACACGCCUUUGUCACAAAAAAGCAAACCACAGGGCGAGUUUUUAUGAGGCGACCACGCAGUUUAUUAGAUGUCAAACACCCUGCAAAGGCGGAGAUGGUUUGGUCUGUAGUAGGUGGAACUGCCGAGCGGUCUGCAGCAGGACGUCGUAGAUCAAUGAACCGGACCGGAGGGUUGGUCCAUCACCUGGUGUGUAUCUGACUGUAUAGAUGUGUGGUAUAUCUAUGCAGGACCGAGGCUUUGUUACUAUUAAUCAGCUCGUUCAAAAUGCGGAUUUUUUAAACCGACUGACUGUUCUAUAGGUUCUUCUCACCGCGUGGAUUCCGGCUCUAUACUGGCUCCUCCUGGACAAUUUUUUGGGGAAAUAUAUAAUAGCAUAGCUAAUCUGUAACCUCCAGGAUGAUCUUUGCAAACACGGGCAACCCACUGAAGACAGCCAAUCGUAAGCAGUCCUACCCUAUGACUCCAUCCAGUCCCAGCAGCAGCAGCAACAGCAGCAGCACAGGCCUGGAGCAGCUCAGCAAAACUAACCUGUACAUCCGCGGCCUGCCUCCUGCUACUACAGAUCUGGACUUGGUCAAACUCUGUCACCAGUAUGGCAAGAUUCAGUCAGCAAAGGCAAUCCUGGACAAGACAACCAACAAAUGUAAAGGUUAUGGCUUUGUGGACUUUGACAGCCCAGCAGCUGCUUUAAAGGCAGUACAUGCUCUGAAAACCAGUGGCAUACAGGCCCAGAUGGCCAAGCAACAGGAGCAGGACCCCACAAAUCUCUACAUUUCCAACUUGCCUCUUUCUCUAGAUGAGAAAGAACUAGAGAAUAUGCUGCAGCCCUUCGGCCAGGUCAUCUCCACACGGAUCCUCCGGGACUAUAGCGGCAACAGCCGAGGCGUGGGCUUCGCCAGGAUGGACACAACAGAGCAGUGUAAUGCAGUCAUCUCCCACUUCAAUGGGAAGUUUAUCAAGUUAGCUUCUGGAGCACUGGCACCCUCUCAGCCCUUGCUGUGUAAGUUUGCAGACAGUCAAAGGAAGAAACAUGCUCACGGUGGAUUUGUUCCCAGUGGACAGACAGGGGAUCUCAGACUAGGUGCAAUGACUCUAACCUAUGACUCUGCCUCAGGAGCUUUACAGAAUGGGUACUAUCCUUCUCCAUAUCCAGUGACCAACAGGAUAAUGACUGUGCAGCCUGCGAUGUCUCCCUACAUGUCUCCAGUGUCUGCUUACCAGGUACAGAGUCAUUCUUGGGUGGCACAUCAGCCAUAUAUCAUGCAACACCCGGCUGCUGUGAUGUCUCCCUCUGUGGAUCCCUCGAUGUCACUGCACCCCGCAGCCAUGAUUACUCAGCAGAUGGGUCAGCUGUCACUGGGAAACACUGGAGUGUAUGUUGCUGCCAAUCCUGGUGUCCAAGGAGCUUACAUGCCUCAUUAUCCUCCCAUGCAGGCACCACCUGAAAACGGCACGCCGCAGCAAGUGGAUUCUUCCAACAACUCUUCUCCUUACAGUCAACUCAGCAAGUAAUCACAGGCUGAUCUGUGAGCCAGAGGGAAGCUGCUGAUGACAUCACAGAGGUCGCAGCCACCACCUUCUCUGAUUGGACCAGAUACAUGAACUGUUUUUGCACAGCCUGGAUGCUCGUGGUGGAAAAUGAGGACAGUGUAAAUGGACUCAAACAGGUGGCUAAUCACGGAAUAAAAAGAAAAAAAGAUUUAUUUUGAUAAAAAACAAAAUGUUCUUCUUUUUCAAGGAUUCCUUAACUAAUGCCAGAGGAACCCCCUACCCUUCCUCUACCUUUCCUCUACCCUUCCUGUCCACUUCCCAUCCCCCACCAGUAGGAUGUGUUAUUAAAAUGCAUGAGAUUGAGACAUUUUCUCCCUCUGAGGUUUCUAUGGUUUUAUAGUUCCUUUAUUUGUGAUAUAUGAAAAACCUUGCAGAACCUUGUUUGCACUGAAGUUUCAGAAUAGCUUCAUUUUGGUUGCCACAGAAAAGCUUCCAAAAUCCAUUUAUGUUCAACUGCACUUGACUGCUAAUACAGGUGACCAUUUCAUUAGGAAGUUAAUGAAUUUAAUACCGGUGCCUUCCUUACACGUCACAUCAAAUAUCAUCCUGUCAAGCAUUAUAUUCAUUGAGCUUAUCAGGUGUCAUGUUUCUAUCUGAUGGUUCAAAUGUGUAUGGGAAAUCAAGGAGGUUUCCACUGAGCGUGUCGCUAUCUAGUCUUCUGGUAGCAAUAAAGACAAUUGAGAGUCCCAUGGCAAUACUGAGGGGAAAAACAAUGACCAACUCAGAGCAAGGUAAUUCCUUAGUUUCCUUUUUCCUUUUUUUUUUUAAUUU